AUGUCUCAAAGGCAGCCUCAGUCACCUAAUCAGACUUUCUUUGCCAUCACAAAUGACACAGAAUCAUCAAGCUCUGUCGUCUCCAACGAUACUACACAUAAAGGAUGGACCGGAGACAACUCUCCAGGAAUAGAAGCACUGUGUGCCAUCUAUAUCACUUAUACUGUGAUAAUUUCAGUGGGCAUCCUCGGAAAUGCCAUCCUCAUCAAAGUCUUUUUCAAGACUAAAUCCAUGCAAACAGUUCCAAAUAUUUUCAUCACCAGCCUGGCUUUUGGAGACAUGUUACUUCUGCUGACUUGUGUGCCUGUGGAUGCAACCCACUACCUGGCAGAAGGAUGGCUGUUUGGAAAGAUCGGUUGUAAAGUGCUUUCCUUCAUCCGGCUCACUUCUGUUGGUGUGUCAGUGUUCACGCUAACAAUUCUCAGCGCUGACAGAUACAAGGCGGUCGUGAAGCCACUUGAGCGACAGCCCUCCAAUGCUAUUCUGAAGACCUGUGCAAAAGCUGGAGGCAUCUGGAUCAUGUCUAUGAUAUUUGCUCUGCCAGAGGCUAUAUUCUCAGAUGUAUACACUUUCCGAGAUCCUAACAGAAACGUGACAUUUGAAUCGUGUAACUCCUACCCUGUCUCUGAGAGGCUCUUGCAAGAAAUACAUUCUCUGUUGUGUUUCUUAGUGUUCUAUAUCAUCCCACUCUCGAUUAUCUCUGUCUAUUAUUCUUUGAUUGCCAGGACACUUUACAAAAGCACCUUGAAUAUACCUACUGAGGAGCAAAGCCAUGCCCGAAAGCAGAUCGAAUCCCGGAAGAGAAUUGCCAAAACGGUAUUGGUGCUGGUGGCUCUGUUCGCUGUCUGCUGGUUGCCGAAUCACCUCCUGUAUCUCUACCACUCAUUCACGUACAAAAGCUAUGAUGCCCCCACGGCCGUUCCUUUCAUCAUCACCAUUUUCUCUCGGGUGCUGGCUUUCAGCAACUCCUGUGUGAACCCCUUCGCACUCUACUGGCUGAGCAAGUCCUUCCAGGAGCAUUUUAAAGCUGAGCUCUGCUGCUUCAAGGCAGAGCAGCCUGAGCCUCCUCUUGGUGACACCCCUCUUACCAACCUCACUGUGAUGGGGCGGGUCCCUGGUACUGGGAGCACACACGUGUCUGAAAUUAGUGUGACCCUGUUCAGUGGCUGUAGCGUGAAGAAGGGAGAGGAUAAAGUUUAG